AUUUUUGCAUUUGGUUGUGCUUUAUAAUAUAGUGGUACAAGUGUAUAGUUAUCCGGAAAAUAGAGAUAAAGCCGAAUGCAGAAAGCAUGAGAUAUCAAGGCCGCCAGACACUUCGCCUGGUACUGUACAGCUAUAUGCCCCUCUCUCUCUCUCUCUCUCCCUCUCUCUCUCUGUGAUGUGUAUAUAUGCAUUGCAAGCCCUAGCACUCAAUUCAUCAUUCAUCAUUGUUGUGAAUCUGCUUCUUCUCAUUUCUCUCUCGCACGCCUUUAAUCGGUUGUGAUCCAUAUAUAGUUAUAUAUAUAGAUAGAGAGAGAACACGAAUUUCAGUUACUACGAGUAUAAUUACUGCAAUGGAGGUGGCGAAAGGCGUGCGAUCUGCGGUGAGGAUCAACGGCGGCGUGGAUCAGCAGCGCGCGGUGGAGCUGGACUUGGAAUCGGUGUGCGAGAAGGUGAGCGCGCUCGUCUCCGGCAACGCGGUGGUCGUCUUCACGAUCAGCGGCUGCUGCAUGUGCCACGUGGUGAAGCAGCUGCUCUUCGGCCUCGGCGUCGGCCCGACGGUCGUCGAGCUCGACCGCGACGCCUCCGGCGGCCCGAUCCUCGCGCUGCUGAACCGCCUCGCCGCUGGAGGCGGCGGAGGCAAGGCCGUGCCGGCGGUCUUCGUCGGCGGGAAGUUCCUCGGCGGGAUCGAGACCGUCAUGGCCUGCCACAUCAACGGCUCGCUCGUUCCGCUCCUCAAAAACGCCGGUGCUCUCUGGCUCUGAUCUAUCUCUCUCUGCUCCUUUAACUAACUCUUUUAACCUAUUACUAUCUGAUCGUAUAUGAUGCAUGGAGAUUUCAUAUCCUGCUUGUGAGAUCGUGACAUAUUUCAUUUUCAUGUACAUAAAUUCUGCUAGCUAUAUGACUAGCGAUAUGUUACAUCCAUUGUUAAACUUUAUUAUCAAACUCGAUCCAAAUGAAUUAUUAAUUAUCUCAUGUUUAA